AUGAAAACACGCGAAGAAGAAACAAAAACGAACGUCGCUUGAAUUAUUUUUAGAAGGUUUUGGCAAAUUUUCCAGCUAAAGCUUAGUUUAUGUUCCUUGUGCGCCAUGCCGAAGAGGAAAGUAACAUUUGAGGACGGGAAUGGAGAGUUGGAGCUGGAGGAAGACCUCCCAAACAAAAAGAGCUGUGAGGUUGUGAGUGGACCAGGCUCCAGAUUUAAGGGCAAACAUUCCCUCGACAGUGAUGAAGAGGAUGAAGGGGAGGAGAAAAGCAGCAGCAAAUAUGAUAUUCUGGCCAGUGAUGACGUGGAGGGCCAAGAGGGAGCAACAAUUGACUUUGACGAGGGAGUUUCAAUUACACCUUUCAACCUGGAGGAGGAGAUGCAGGAAGGGCACUUUGACUCAGAGGGAAACUAUUUCAUCAAAAAGGAAGAACAGAUCAGAGACAACUGGCUUGACAACAUUGACUGGGUAAGAAUUAAAGAACAACCAUUCAAACAAAAGAAAAAAGGUCUUGGAGCCAAACGGAAACGCAGAGCCGGUGAUGAGGAUGAGGCUGAGGAGGAGAAACAGAGAGAAGAGAAGCAGGCAGACAAAGAAAAUGAUGAGGAGGAAGAAGAAGAGGAGGAAGUGGAGCCUGCAGAGGACCCGCUGGCAUCCUACACGCAGCACCAGCUCACUGAAGCUGUGAUCGAACUUUUGCUACCCGGGGAGACAGUUGCAAAGGCGCUCCGUCGGCUAGGAGGCCUUGGAGGACGGAAGAAGGGGAAGCUGAGGGAAGAGAGUGAACCCACAGAGGAGGCCAAAAGAGAUACAGAAAAGCUCGACAGGCUCACAGCACUAGCUGACAGAUUGGUCGGAUCUGGGAUGUUUGAGAUCUAUCAACAGACGUACGAAAAACUGGCCUAUAGGCUGAAGAGCAUGAACAGCAACCGGCCAGCUGUAGGGAUGAAUCCUGAUGGUGAUGAAGAAGAAGAUGAACUUGAUAUGUUUGCUGAUAAAUUUGAUGAAAAGCAUACAGGCGGAUCAGAUAAAAAUGAGGAGGACAACAAAGUGAGUGAUGAAGUGAUGUGGGAGUACAAAUGGGAAAAUAACGAUGAUUCAGAAGUUUUUGGCCCCUUCACCAGUCAACAGAUGCAGGAUUGGGUGGAUGAAGGCUAUUUCAGCUCUGGUGUUUACUGCAAGAGGACCGACCAGGAGGGAGCUCAGUUCUACAAUUCAAAGAGACUAGACUUUGAGCUCUACACAUGAUUGAUGUCUAGCAGUAAAUGAAUCACAACCAUCAUGAUCAUUUUCAGAAGUCAUGUUUUGCCCUCAAUCUGUUUUCAGUCUUUUCAUGCAGGGCUUUGGUGUUGAAUCUGCCAUUUUAACAGGGGCUUCGUUUUCUGUACAUUGUUUUUAAAUAAAUAUCUCAUGUAUGUG